UCUGAAGAUUGAAGAUUGAAGAUUGAAGAUUGAAGAAGAAGAGGAAAAAGAAUCCCCUUUCGAGUUUCGACGAUGGAAGAAGAAGAGCAACCCGUGCUAUGGCAAUCGGAGUCCCAACACGAGUCAAUUGUUUCCGUAACCCUAGCACGAUCCAUCACCACCGUCCUCGAUUCUCGCGCCAAGAACCUCAACCAUGCUAUCUCUGGUUUCUCCUCAGACUCGCGCAACCCUCCUUCAAUCUCCCCUCACUCACUGCACCACUCUCUUCACUUCAUUCACAAGUACGCCGCCGACGCCGCACACCACCGUCACCGCUAUUCACUCCAUCAACUCCUCCUCCCCGUCAUCCACCAUUCAUUGAAGUGGAAGGAUUCCAGGCAUGGUGGGCAGGCUAUGAUUUUGUUGAGCUGGCUCUUCCAGGAUGAGCUUAUCUUCGAGCCCAUUGCGGAAGCACUUGCAGGCAUUGUUGCCGUGAAGAAGGACGAUCGGUACUUGUUGCUUGGUUGGUGUGUGCUUGUUCGUGGCCUCAUUGAGUAUGAGAAUUCUGUUCACCAAUCUAUGUUGGGUGGAAUAAGGGGUAGGUAUGGUGAUCUAGUGAAGAUACUCUCCACCUGCCUAAAGGAUUUGGUAGGCAUUGCGAGUAAAGGAAGCACUUUGCAGGAUGGUUUUGAGUUGCCAUCUCGCCUUGGAGUAUCUGCUGGGGAUUGUGUUUUAGCCGUCUCUGGAGCUUUAACAAAACUGGCCGAGGUUCAAGGUAAGAAGUCAAAAUUAAAUGCAAGGGGAAAAGAUUGGGCAACUACUUCUGUGCAUUCUCCAUCUGUUGAUGAGGUUAAACUGGAUGCAAAAUCGUUGUUAAUGACAAAGACUGAAGGGGAAUAUACUCUGUGGCAUCAUUUAGAUGAGCUUAUCUGUUUGGUGCAAAAACUACUUGCUUGGAGCAAAAGAAGCCGUUUUUUACAUGCCAAAGGUUUGGAGCAAGUUCUUAAAUGGCUGAAAGAGAUAAAAGACCACUAUGAUUCUUUUCAAGACGAGGCAGACUCCAAUGCUCUCAAGACUGGGGAUUUAGUACUCUCUUCUUGCUGGAAGCAUUACAGCAUGUUAUUGCACUUGGAAGAUCAUAAGUUUUCAAAGCAUUACAAGGAACUGCUGGACCAGUACCUGUCUGGAAUUCAGUACUAUAUGGACAACCAUUCUGAUGUUAAGGAUGGUGGGCUGGAGACCAGAAAAUUCUUUUUGAAUUGUUUAUGCCUCCUGCUGGGACGUCUAGACAGCAAGAGAUUUGAAAGCACAGUGAUGGAAUUUGGGAUGAAUAUUUCUCGCAUUCUGGUGCCCCAGCUUACUUGCACUGAUGAAGAUGUGAUAGUUGGGGUUGUUUCAAUAUUCAAGGCUAUCAUUUUGAAUCCAAAUCACUUACAGGAAGCUGCAGAGAGUGGGCAGGGUAAUAUUGUGAUGCCUUUUUUGCUCCACCUUCUUGACGAGCGUGAUGGUACAGCCAGAGCUGUUGUGAUGCUGAUAGCAGAAUACUGCUCAAUGAGCAAAGAUAAUAAGUGCCUUACAGAAGUUCUGAAGCGUCUUGGUUCUGGGAACAUUUCACAGAGAAGAAAUGCCCUGGAUGUUAUAUCAGAAGUCAUUCAUAUAUCAUCUGAGACACAGAAAUCAUUUCCUUAUUUGUCUUGGCAAGACAUAGCCCACAAAUUGCUAGAACGGCUUGGGGAUGCAGAAGUUUUUAUUAGAGAACAGGCAUCUAAAUUACUCCCAGUGAUAGACCCUUCAUUGUACUUUGCUGCAUUGGUUGAUCUUUUUUAUUCCCAAAAUGAGAAUGAAUCAUCUGCUCGUGAGGCUAUCAUUGGUGUCCUCAAACAUCACAACCGGAAAGUAGAAAUGAUAUUCUUGCUGCUUGACCAUCUUAGCAAAGUCAACCAAAGCCCUGAUCAUCAAGAGUACACUGGAGAUAAAGGAUCAAAGUUGGACACUGACCGAGUACUCAAACUGGUUCCAGAGUGGUCUAAAAGUGUUCAAGACUGGAGCUUCUUAAUUGGACCACUGGUUGGCAAGAUGUUUGAAAAUCCAUCAAAUGCAAUCAUUGUGAAACUCUUGAGUUAUAUAAGCGAAGACCUGGCAAAUGUUGCUGAUCUAGUCUUGCAUCAUGUUAUGUUGCAUGUUAGAAAACAGAAGGAGAUUGAUGAAAGUUUCUUAUCAAGAUGGGAGUGUAGAACAUAUUCCAAUGAGGAGUUUGAGGAAAUGCAACGAUCUCUAUUUGAGCAUUUGUGCCCACUGCUCAUAAUUAAGAUGCUUCCUAUUAAGACUUUCAAUGACCUCAAUUCGUCAAUUAAUUCAGGCUGCAUGGCCGCUGAGGCUGGUUAUGAUUGUGUUGCUGCACUCCUUCUAAACCGGGCAUUUGGUGAUUUUGAAUUUGAAGAUGUGCGGAAACUUUCGGCGGAGCUAAGUGGGCGCAUUCAUCCACAAGUUUUAUACCCAGUUCUUUGCUCCAAACUAGAGGAUGCUGUUGAAAAUAAGAAUGUAACAAAGAUAAAGGCCUGCUUAUUUUCAAUAUGCACAUCUCUUGUGGUCAGAGGCUUGGAGUCUCUUUCUCAUCCUUCAAUAGAUGCAAUUAGAAGGAUGGUUGAAAAGGUGCUGUUAUGGCCUUGCCUAAAUACUGAUUCAGUUUCAAAAGCACAACAUGGAUGCAUUGAUUGUCUUGCGCUGAUGAUAUGUGCUGAAGUACAAGCUAAGAGAUCAACCAGAGACUCUAUGCCAAACAGAAUUAGGGUUGGCAAAAAAGGGAGUUCUGUUAUAACCUAUGUUAUGAAUCAAUUCCUCAAUGAAAAUAUGGAAGCUGCUUCAACUCCUGAGUUAGGAUGUGGAAACCCCGGGUUUAUAGCUCCCGUUCCUCUGUCCUUUCGUCUGUGCAUGGGUAAUGUUCUUAUCAGUGCUUGCCAGAAGAUAUCAGAACAUUGCAAGGAGUAUUUUGCGGCACAAGUUCUGCCUUCCGUCCUUCAUUCUCUUGAGUUUGAAACAAAGUCAGAGAUUAGAGCAGCAUGCAUUCAGGUCCUAUUUUCUUCUGUCUAUCAUCUAAGAUCUGCAGUUCUUCCUUAUGCGUCUGACCUCCUCAAAGUCUCACUACAAUCCCUGAGAAAGGAAUCAGAGAAGGAAAGGGUGGCAGGUGCAAAGCUAUUAGCGUCUCUUAUGGCCAGCGAAGAUUUGAUUUUGGAAAGCAUUUCAAGUGGACUAUUAGAAGCAAGAUUUGUUCUCUCGUCAAUUUCUUCAUCAGAUCCUUCACCUCAGUUACAACAGUUGUGCAGCCAGUUGCUAUCGUGCAUUAUUUCUCCAUGAGUUGUGACAAAGUGUUCAAUGUAACAUAAGCUCAUUUUUGUAUGUGAAUAUGAAAACUUUUAAAUCAGGUUUCUUAGGCUUACGUUAAUAGUUAUCAGGAGUAGAUAUAACCAUGAUUCCCUUGUAAAAAUAUAUGUAGAAUAGAUGUCGAGGGUUAAUGUAAAAAUUCAGGGAUUUACAUAUCCUAUGAUGCAUCAUAUUUUAUUGUU